AUGAACUUACCUUCAGGAGCAUUACCAUCAAAAAAUUUCUAUAAUGAAUUGGAAACUACCUUUAACGAAUUAGGAGAACAUGAUGUUAAAUGUAAUUCAGAUUAUUUACAAUACUCAGAACCAAAUAUUAUAAAAAUUUGUGCAACGCUUGUAAAAUAUCUAAAUACUAACCCUGAAAAUGAAAGAAAUUUGAAGGAUCAGCAUUGUAACCUUUUGAGCCUUUGGAUAUAUGAACAACUGUUUAAAUAUUUUCCAGAUGAGGCUAAUAGACUUGUUUUAAGCGAUAUUUUUGCAAAUCGCAAUGAUUUACAAGUCGAUAAAUGCUUGCGUGAUGUAAUUGUACUUUCAUACGAUAACUGGAAAGAGCGUAAGGAUCUUUAUGAUUAUUGUGUCGAUUAUCAUGAAUUUAAUUUUUUAAAUGAUUUUAGUGAUGAAAAAUGCAAGGAAUAUGAAAAAUACAUCGAAGAAAAAUCUCCACUCUAUGAUAAAUAUGACAGUUUAUAUAUGCAAGCAUAUGAGAAGGAUGUUUUUUAUAAGAAAUGUAAAUAUUACAACCCGAAAAAACGCAAUACCUAA